UCGGUGCUGUGUUUUUAGACAUGCCUGAACCGGCUAAGUCCGCUCCCGCCCCUAAAAAGGGUUCUAAGAAGGCGGUGACUAAAGCGCAGAAGAAGGACGGCAAGAAGCGCAAGCGCAGCCGCAAGGAGAGCUACUCCGUGUACGUGUACAAGGUGCUGAAGCAGGUCCACCCGGACACCGGCAUUUCGUCCAAGGCCAUGGGCAUCAUGAACUCCUUCGUCAACGACAUUUUCGAGCGCAUCGCGGGCGAGGCGUCGCGCCUGGCGCAUUACAACAAGCGCUCGACCAUCACAUCCAGGGAGAUCCAGACGGCCGUGCGCCUGCUGCUUCCCGGGGAGCUGGCCAAACACGCGGUGUCUGAGGGCACCAAGGCCGUCACCAAGUACACCAGCUCCAAGUAAAUUAUGCCUGGCCGCUGUUAAACCAAAGGCUCUUUUCAGAGCCACUUACAUUUUCAUUUAAGGAGUUGUAUACUUUUUCUGCUCUUUCUUUCCCGGGCAUUAAAAUGCAGUUACGUUUGGUGCCCGAGAUAGUGAAGUGAGAAGCUUAUAUUUUGGGAAGGAAGCUGUUAAUCUAAUAUUUCCCCAAACCCGUUCUGUACUAAAAAGGCCAGUUUUUUUUUUUUUUUUUUCUCAUACAGAAAGGAAGGGCUGCUGGCUAGGUGACGUUAAGAAGAGGGAACUUACUAUCCUAGCAAUGGUCUGGCAUCCUGGUACCAAGAAUUGGUUGUAGUUCCCAGCUUCCCCCAAUCUCUUUCAGGCCAGAUUCUAUGUUUCCACAUCAACCUGACCCACAGAGUUAGGAUCCUUAACUUUUAUCAGGCCUCCCCUCCAGAGUUAAAGAUGCUCUGCCCGUCCCGCCCCCCGCCCCUCGCCUGCGUAUGGCAGGACCCCUUGAUUACCUUUGUAAAAACAACCAAUAGUUUUUUAGUUUCGUGACGGGACAUUGAAGUGUUGCCAACCCUCCCUUGAUUUAAAGCUUUUCCUUGUUUUACUUAGUUCAAAAGUAUUAGGCACUUUGAUAAUCAUUGCAUUUUCCUUAAUCUGGAUGUCGAGAGAUUUCAGAAAAAACAAGAAAUUCACCAAGAAGAGAGUUGUAGCCUAAUGCUGGGAGAGGAGGUUAUUCUUGUAAAAAGACUUCUUGAUGUGUUGAGAGAUCUGUAGAUGUGGUGUUUUUCAGUUCUAUCUGGACAUCUUUGAAAGAACAUUGUCUCAGAAGAACAUUAGUUUGAAUUUAAAUUUUGUGAGGUAAAUAGUCUUUGGUUCUCACAGCCUCAGUUUCUUACUUUAAAAAUGAGAAUAUUAUGGGAGUUCCCUGGGUAGUCCAAUGGUUAGGACUUGGCUUUUUCACUGCCUUGGCCUGUUCAAUCCUUGGGAGGGAAACUAAGAUCCUGCAAACUCUGUGGAGCAGCCCCGCCCCC